AUGAAUGCAUUAGUAGCUACACUUGCUCAUAGAAAACUCACAGAAGAUUUAAAUCGAGACAGUCAAGUCAAAUUAAUUGAUGGAAAACAUGAAGCAAUAGUAUCAUUAAAACUCGUCCGAUCUUUCAGCAGAAAAGUCUGGAGAGAUUUUCUGAGAGGUGAUAUAAUUAAGGAAAUUAAAAUAAGUUCAGUUAAUGAUCGCACUUUUGAUAUCCUUAUUCAAUUAUUUUUAAAAAGCGAAGUCUCUGUCAAUGAUUAUAAUGAUGAAAUGAUACAAGAACUCUAUCAAAUCGGUCUUGAACUAGAAAUUGAGGACUUCAUAAUAUGGUAUUCCUCAACAAUUAACGUGAAAAAUAUUUCGUUUGAUAAAAUUAUAGAAUAUUUAACUUUUAUUCAAAGAACUCAUGAAGAUCAGAUAAUCUUACCAAAAUCUCUAUCAAUCAAUCUCAAUGAACUUCUCGAAAAUAUAAUAAAUUUCAUUGGAACAAAUGUUAUAAAUAUUGAAAUUAAUGAGCUCAUUGAUUUCUGCAGAGUAGGUGUAUGUCAAUUGCGUGAUAAUCAAGAUUUCAUUGAUAGAAUCAUAUCUCAAUGCGAACAACUUGGCCAUUUUCAAAAUGAAAAAUAUGUUGAUCAUUUGUACAUUUUUUUGCUCGAAUUGAUUAAUGAUAGUAGCAUUUUUGGUUAUUUAAUUGAAAAGAUGGAUGUUGAGAAAAUAAAACCAUCAGCAAUGAGCAGCAUAAUUGAUUUGGUCAAGAAUGAUGAGUAUAAAGAAUAUCACACAAUUAUUUUGGAAAUGAACAAAAAGUUUAUCAAUAUUAAUGAGAGGAAUCCAUUGGAGAUUAAAACUCAGAAUGCCCAACUAAUGUCAUUUGUUUCCAUUACUUGUGAAAUUUUACAAUCUAAUCAAACGAGAGAAAUUUCAAUUCAGAAAUUUCUAGAUAUAUUUCAAAUACAAAACAAUUUUGAUGAUAUUUAUAACUUCUUUUCUCAAAAGGCUGAAAUGAAUGAUAGCUACACAAUUAAAGUUGCAUGUACAAUUGGAUUAUCAGAAACUAUUGAUGAUCAACAAAAUACAAUUCUUCUUUCUGCGUGUUUGAAGAACAAUUACAUUCUUGUGGAAUCUCUUAUCAACAACAGAUGCAACAAAGCAGCUAUUAAUUCAAUGAAAGAUAAUGCAAUUCUUUGUACCUCGAUCAGCGGCUGUAUAAAAAUAUUUGACUUUCUAGUUACGAAUGGCUUAGAUGCUAAUUAUGUUAAUGAAAAUUCAGGAAAGAACGCAUUAUUAAUUGCAUGCGAGAAUGGCAACUUCGAAUUAAUCAAGCAUUUAGUAUCACUUGGUUUUUCAACAUUGUAUACUGAUAGAGAAAAUGAAAAUUGUGUUUUCCUCGCUGUUUCUUCGGGCAAUUUGGAAAUUAUUAAAUAUUUAAUUACAAACGAUGCUGUUCCUACUCAACAAUCAUCAAAUAAUGAUCUUCCUAUUUUGAGAUCCGUCAUGCUUGGACACCUUGACAUUUUCACGAUUUUACUUCAAUAUCCUCGCAAUCAAAAUGUUGAUGAAAACUUUCUAACAAUUGCAAUUUCUAAUCAAAGAUUCAAUAUAAUAAAAUAUAUUCUCGAUAUAAAAUUAACCAAAAUUCAAGAAAAACAUAUAGAAUUAGCCAAAUCAUGUCUUUCAAAUUGCAAUUCUCCUGAAGAAAUCGAAGUUCGAAAGAUGAUUGACCCAAAUAUUUCAUACAAUGAUCCGGCUAAUGAAUCUAUUUCAAAUGAAAAGAAUCAUAGCAAUUUUAUACCAGCUGACACUAAUAAAAAUGAAUUAUCAUCUUCAACUGAAUAUUACUCUUACUCGGAUUAUUCAUAUUCUGAUGAAUAA